CUGAGUGUACACGCCAGACAGGCCCCAUAGACCGCGACUGUGGCGCGGGGCCGGCUUCUCGGUUUCCUAACGUAUGCGUUGCACCAGCGGCAACGAAAGCUAAGGUUCUCCUUUGCCGUGUGUUGGAUGCUGGACCUCCAGGGCAGUGGCCCGGGCGGGUGGGGUCGGAAGACCUCGGAAGCGCCCGGAGCGGCCGGCCGGGUUCCUAACACCCUGGGGGGCUCGGCCCGCAGCGCUGCGGCGGCCCUGGGAGCAGCGCAGGGCCGGGAGAACCAAGCUCCAGCCCCGGGACGGCCUGGGCUCUCGCGCCCUCUCGUUGGGCGGGAGCGGGCAGGCGGGAGCCUGGCGGGGAAGGAUGGCGAGCAGCUCAGCCCCGACCUGCUCCGCCUGGCUCCUUCCGGCGGGCAUCAAGUUUCCCUGAAGGUCAUCGGGAAUACCCCGGAGUCCAGGCUGCCCAGCCCCAUCGAGGAGUCCGACCAGAGGGUCUUUGGGAACUAUUAUCAGCUGUUCGCGGCCUCGGUGGGCGAUGUGGAAUGGCUGCGGUUCUGCUUGAACCAGCGCCGCGGGGAAAUCGAGGCCAACGACAAGGGCUUCGCUGCUAUCCACUUGGCAGCCCAGCAGGGCCAGCUGACCUGCCUGCAGGUCCUGAUAGACGAGUACGAGUUCCCCGUGGACCUGCCCACCCAUGGCGGCGAGACAGCCCUGCACCUCGUCAUCCACAAGGACAACGAGCCCGUGGCCCUCCCGUGCAUUCAGUACCUGCUCGAGAAAGGGGCGAACCUCGAUGCUCAGACACACAAUGGCUCCACACCCCUGCACCUGGCAGCUUGCGAGGGCCUGCUGGGCUGUGUGAAGGUACUGGUGCAGAGGGGCGCCAAUGUCCAUGCCCAAGACGCCUUGGGCUGCAAACCCAUUGACUACUGCAAGAUGUGGAACCACCGCACCUGUGCCCGGUUCUUGAAGGAUGCCAUGUGGAAACGGGACAAGGAUGACUUUGCCCGUGAGAUGGGGAAAGUGAAGAGGCUCAAGGAGCAGCUGGCCCUCAUAGAGCUGGACUACCUGACUGAGUACCAAAAGGAACACAAGGUUCUGAGAGAGGAGGAUUUCACCAAGUGGCUCCGCUGCAAGUUGUUCAACCAGCGCCACUCUCUGCUCACCAAGGAUACGCAAGUGGCCAGUACCCGAUCCCGCCCCACCAUCCUCCCUAAAACCUCAGAAUACCAAGGCCCGCAGACUUCCCAGAGCUCCCAGCCCUGGGGGAAGAAACAGCUUGGAAGCAUACAGCAGUGCCCGGCGCGGUUGCCCACCAAGCCCAUCUACAGGCGGCCCCCACUCAGGCGGCCCAAAAUGUGGAAUCCUAGCAACAACCCCGCCAGUUCUCCCCCGACCCAGUUCAGCUACCCGCAGGGCAUCCGCCUGGGCGUGCAUCCAGACUCCUGCAGGGAGCAAGACUUCAGCAGCUUCCUGGAGGUGAUCCCCGGCCCCCAUGGCUACGCAUGGCUGCACACGGCCAAUGGCCACUGGGUGGCGCCCGUGCCCCGGCUGCCUUUGGAGGUGAUGGUCCGCGAGCUGUACCCACAGAAGCAGCCGUACAGGAUGAAGGUACCCCAGGGCUUUCAUGCCAUCACCAUCAAGGACGUGCCCCACAAGCGGCACUUGGACAACCGCACCUUUUGGACCAACACUCUGGCCAUGAGCCUGCGCGAGACAUUUGACGAAGGCUUCCUGGCCAACGUGCGAGCUCACCGGGGGCUCCCUGCUCUGCCCACCCCCACAAGCCCUCUGUAAAGUUCCUUCGGUGGCCUCAGGGCAUGAGGCAGCCUAGUGAAGUCCAUGGUGUGCUGAUUCAUGUUGUGGGUGGGAAGGAAGGGGAAGGCAUGUCCGGGGGUUCCCACUCCCAAGGUCAAGGACAGGAAGAUGCCCAUGCUCCCCAACUUCCCCUCAACAAAAGUCUAGACCUCAGGCCUCCUCUCUGCAAGGAACUCUCUCCAGCCCUUGGGAAUCCAGA